AUGAUGAUGCUUCUGGCUUGGUUAGCAGUCCUCGUGACUGCUGUAAUUCUGUACCUUCGACGCCUAUACUCCAGCUUCAGUCGUCAUGGUGUAAAGCACUGGAAACCGGCCCUUAUCAUCGGCAAUAAUGCCAAAUUGAUGUCGGGUAGACAACAUGUCUUUGACCAUAUCCUCGAACUGUACGGGAGCUUCCCCGAAGAAAGGUUCAUCGGGAAAUACGAUUUCAUAAAGGAGUUGAUUAUAAUUCGUGAUCUCGAGCUCGUCAAGAAGAUCGCCAUCAAGGACUUUGAACAUUUCCUCGACCACCAGUCCGUAUUGGCCCCCGAAGAUUCUUUCUUUUCCAAAAAUCUGUUUUCUUUAAAAGGUGAAGAAUGGAAAGAUAUGCGCUCCACGUUGAGUCCAGCGUUCACGAGCUCCAAGAUACGCCUGAUGGUGCCUUUCAUGGAGGAGGCCGGAGACCACAUGAUGCGGAUGAUUCGUCAAAAAAUAAAUGAAUCUAAAGAUGGAUCCAUAGAAUUGGAUUGCAAAGACCUGACGACUCGUUACGCUAACGAUGUGAUUGCGACCUGUGCCUUUGGUUUGAAGGUGGACUCCCAGAAGGACCGAGACAACAGCUUCUACCUUAUAGGGAAGGAGGUCUCAAAUUUCGAUAAACUUAAAUUGUUUAAGAUGAUGAUCAUUUCCAACGCACCAGUAAUAGCUAAGUUACUGAAGUUGGAUAUCAUCCCGGAGUCGUGUAAGGAAGCAUUAAGAAAUAUAGUACUCAGUACGAUGGAGAAUCGAGAAAUGAAUAAUAUUAUCAGACCCGACAUGAUUCAUUUGUUAAUGGAAGCUAGAAAAGGCAAACUGACUCACGAAGAUGUUAAAACAAAUGAUGUGGCUGCUGGAUUUGCUACUGUUGAAGAAUCAGCUGUAGGGAAGAAAGUAAUUGAUAAAGUAUGGACCGACGAUGAGCUCGUUGCUCAAGCGGUGGUGUUCUUCAUUGCUGGAUUUGAGUCUAUUUCAACUGGGAUGGUGUUCCUACUCUACGAGCUGGCUACAAACCCUGACGUACAGGAGCGGCUGGCGCAGGAGAUCAAGGAGACUGACGCUAAGAACGGCGGCAAGUUCGACUUCAACUCCAUACAGAACAUGGUCUACAUGGAUAUGGUGGUGUCAGAGACCAUCCGUCUGUGGCCACCUGGUAUUGUUCUGGACAGAAUAUGUACCAAGGACUACAAUAUGGGUAAACCUAACCCACAAGCAGAGAAAGAUUACAUUCUCCGCAAAGGUACUGGGAUUUGGAUUCCCAUUUACGCCUUCCACCGUGACCCCGAGUACUUCCCGAACCCAGACAAGUUCGACCCUGAGCGCUUCUCAGAAGAGAACAGGCACACCAACAAUAUGUCUGCUUAUAUGCCUUUCGGAGUGGGACCUAGGAAUUGCAUUGGAUCAAGAUUUGCGCUAUGCGAAAUAAAAGUUAUGGUGUACCAGAUCCUUAAAGAAAUGGUGCUCUCGCCUUCUAAGAGGACCUGCAUACCAGCGAAGUUGAGCAUAGGUUCGUUUAACCUGAAGCUGGAAGGAGGAGACUGGAUUAAGUUCACGCCGAGAAAUUAA